AUGGGUUCAGCCUUAGCGGACAUUUCGAGGAAAAUAGAAAAUAGAAUCGUGUAGUUUCCGCAGGUUUUUUUCAAGUGGAAAAAAAAAGUGGGGAUAAUCCGCGGGGUUUGAGCGGUUUCUCUAUCUUUUCCUGGUGGGUACUUCUGGGACGGCAGGGAUUUGGGUCUCUCUCUCUAUCUCUCUCUCAAAGCCAUGGCGUCUAAUACUCAACCACCAGCUAAUAGUCCACCCCCAAAACCUUGGGAACAAGCUGGGUCCUCGUCUGGUCCUACACCUUUCAAGCCCCCCUCUCCAGGCAGUACAAGUGACGUGGUUGAGGCUUCUGGAACAGCAAAACCCGGUGAAAUCGUUUCUACAGCUGAUAGGAAUACACCUGCCAAUAGAAAUGCACUUGGAAGACCAGUACCUGCAAGGCCCUGGGAACAGCAGACAUACGGGAGCACUUAUGGAGGUUAUGGCACAGGUACGAAUUAUAACUCUGGUUAUGGCUCAGGAAUGUAUGGUUCAUAUGGUGGUGGGUUAGGAGGGUCAUACGGUGGAGGAAUGUACGGAAACAGCAUGUAUCGAGGAGGUUAUGGUGGAGGUGGGCUAUAUGGAGGGUCUGGUAUGUAUGGCGGGGGAAUGUACAAUGGUGGUCUUGGAGGCCCUAUGGGUGGUUAUGGGAUGGGCAUGGGGGGUCCACCAUAUGGAAAUCAGGAUCCUAAUAAUCCGUUUGGCGCUCCGCCAUCUCCUCCGGGGUUUUGGGUAUCCUUCCUGCGGGUGAUGGAAGGGGUGGUAACCUUCUUUGGCCGGGUUGCAAUACUGAUAGACCAGAAUACGCAGGCAUUCCACAUGUUUAUUACCGCCCUUCUUCAGCUUUUGGAUAGAUCAGGGUUACUAUAUGGAGAGCUUGCUAGAUUUGUGUUGAGACUGCUGGGGAUUAGAACAAAGCCUAAAAGGGUUCAGCCGCCUGGGUCUGAUUUACCCGCUGGCCCUCACAAUCCCCAUGGAGGGCAAAACUACAUCGAAGGACCCAAGGCAGCUCCAAGUGGUGCGUGGGAUGGUGUAUGGGGAGAUAAUGCUGGCAAGUGAUUUCACCUUGUAUUCAUAUGCUGGAGGAACCCUUGAAAAUUGGGGGAAAUCUGCUUGAAGUUAAAGAGAUACAGAUGGAGAUCCAUGCUGCCAUUGCAAAUUCAGACUGGAUCCGCGCUCGAAGAAUUCUGGAUCACAUGAAUAAACGAAACCUCUCUCUCUCUCUCUCUCAAGAACUACAGUGUUGUAUGUGCUCUAGGUUUUUUGUUUUUUGUUUUUUUUUUUAUCGUAAGAGUAUAUGUUCUUUAGUUUUGCUUGUGCUGUUUGUGCUAAAGCACUCACAACGCAAAUAAAAGGGAGAAAUGGUAAUGUAGUUGGAAUUGUUGUCAGCUAUUAAUACUGUUGGAGUGGUGUUCUUCUCAGUGAAUAAUGGAGUUGGGAUUGCGGUGAGGUAUUUAUAUUUCACAAAA